AUGAUUGCACCACAAAAAACCAUCCAUCACGUGGUGUUGCUUCGGAAAAAGCCAUUCUUGCUUCAUUGGAAUGUCUUGCUGUUUGUAAUUUUGUAUCCGUUGGUAUCCUUUGCAAUCAAUGCCUAUUUUUUGCCUUCCUUGUUGCAUCACCAAAACAAUCAUGAUUCUCAUCACCAUCAUCACCACCACCAUCAUCAUGAAUCAUAUUCCGAUAAUUUAUUCUUCUAUCAUUUAGUUGGAUUAGGUCCUCUUGUGUUAUUGCAAAUUAUUUCGUUUCUAUCUGCUUAUUGGAAUGUGAAUAUUAAAGCCUUUUUUCAAUAUCGUUCAGUCACAACCAAAGAAAUCGGAGAAGGAAUUGUAGUGAAAGUGGUACCUAACAAACACAAGGGUUUUGUUGAAUUGUGUCCUCUCAAGAUUAUUCGAGACGAGAAUGAUAAGCAGAUGUAUUGCUUUGAAUAUCAGAAACGAAUGUUUAUUUGGGAUGAGACAACUUGUUCAUUCGUACGAAAUCGCUUUCCAUAUCAAAACUUGGAACAACAAUCUCAAACUCUCAAAGAAUGGAUUAACAAGAUUGAGAAGCACGGACUCGCAGAGAAGGAAACAUAUGCAAAGCAAAGAAUUUACGGGCAAAAUCAAUUUGAAAUUCCAAUUCCCAAGUUUUUCGAGUUAUUCGUGGAGCAUGCCUUGGCACCAUUCUUCGUUUUUCAAGUUUUUUGCGUUUUAUUGUGGUGCCUUGACGAAUAUUGGUAUUAUUCAUUGUUCACUUUGGUGAUGCUUUUUAUGUUUGAAAGCACAGUGGUUAAUUCUAGACUCAGAAACUUGAAUCAAAUCCGUCAGAUGGCCACAAAACCCCAAUUUUUACAAGUUUUUAGAGAUGGAAAAUGGGUACAAAAAUCUAGUGUAGAUUUAUUACCAAAUGACGUGAUAUCGGUGACAAGCCAUGCAGAAGAAGGUCAAGUAACACCAUGUGAUAUUUUACUUAUCAGUGGUAAAUGUGUGACUAAUGAAGCACUUCUCACAGGAGAAUCUACACCACAAAUGAAAGAAUGUAUACCCAUCGACGAGCUUAAAGAGAGAAAAAAACUAGAUAUCAAAAACAUUGACAAGGGUCAUGUUAUCUUUGGAGGUACUGUGGUUUUGCAACAUACACCUGGUUCUAUGAGUGGAAAAGUUCCACCAGACAACGGUGCUAUUGGAAUUGUAUUGAGAACAGGUUUUGAGACAUCACAAGGCAAAUUAAUUAGAACAAUUCUCUAUGCCACAGAACGAGUAAGCGCCAACAAUGUUGAGGCCUUGCUUUUCAUUUUGUUCUUGCUUAUUUUUGCAAUCAUUGCUAGUGCUUAUGUUCUCUAUGAAGGUUUGAAGAACCCAGAAAAAAGUAGAUACAAAUUGGCUCUGAAUUGCAUUCUCAUCAUUACGUCUGUAGUUCCUCCUGAACUACCUAUGGAGUUAUCAUUGGCCGUUAACAACUCACUCCUUUCGUUGUCAAUGCUUGGUAUUUUCUGUACAGAACCAUUCAGAAUUCCAUAUGCAGGAAAGGUAAAUGUUUGCUGUUUUGACAAGACUGGAACCCUUGUCAGUGACAAGAUGACAUUGAAAGGUAUUAGUCUUUCAGAACAAGACUCUGAUGAGCUCUCACAAAAACCGAGCGAGAAUAGUAGAGUAGUUUUGGCAGGUUGCCAAUCUUUGAUAGAUCUCAAUGGAAAAGUACUUGGAGAUCCAAUGGAAGUUUCUGGUUUAACAGGCGUCGAUUUUGAAUUGUCCAAAGAUUUAAUAGUGGGAAAGAACUGCAAAUCAGUCAAAAAUUUGAAAAUUCACAAACGAUUCCAAUUCAAUUCUGUUCUUAAGAGAAUGUCUACCAUAGUAUUCAUUAACGAUAGAAAUGAGGGCAAAUUUGCUCGUGUUCUCGUAAAGGGAGCUCCUGAAUUGUUAAAACCAUUUUUUGUGAAGAGCGAUGUGAAAGGAGCUUUGGAAUCGUAUGAUGCUAGAUUCCAACACUUGACACAAAUUGGAAUGAGAGUAAUUGCGUUAGGUUAUAAGGAUUUGGAUACAACCGACCCAAACAUUUUGGAUAAGCUCACUCGUGAUGAGGUUGAAAAGGAUCUUGUUUUUGCGGGAUUUGCUGCUUUCCAAAGCGAUAUCAAACCAAACACAAAAGAAACAAUUCUUAAUCUCAAAAACAGUUCUCAUAGAGUUAUAAUGAUUACAGGUGACAAUCCAUUGACAGCAUCUCAUGUUGCCAAAGAGUUAGAAAUGAUAAGCAAGCCUCUCCUUACUUUGAAACAAGAUGGCCAGCGCUAUUUCUGGACCGGUUCUCAAAGCACUGGAUGUGAAGGAAAUGUUGAAGAUUUCAAAUAUGAGCAACUUGGUCAACUUGCCAAGAAAUAUGAUUUCUGUAUGAGUGGCGAACAAAUGGCCAAUCUAACAUCUCAAAGGAAUGGAAAAUCAAUUUUGGAUGCUCUAUCUUCUAAUGUUGCUAUCUUUGCUCGUGUUAGCCCAGAGCAAAAAGAAUCCAUUUUAACCUCAUUGAAGUCCCAAAACUAUCAAACUCUCAUGUGUGGAGAUGGCACAAACGAUGUUGGCGCUUUAAAGCAAGCACACGUCGGUGUGGCCCUAUUGGAAAACAAGCCCAAGAAGGAAAACGAGCAGCAACAGACUCAACAACCAAAUGCUCCUCUUCAUAAGAAGAGUGACAUUAUUAAGGAACUUGCCAAAGUCAAUCCCACUGCCAAUCCACAAGCGCAACAAAAGAAAUCGUUUAUGGAGCUUUUGAAAGAGAUGAAAGAAAAGCAAGAACAAUUGGCCCAACAAGAGGAGGCCAAUCUUGUUAAACUUGGAGAUGCCUCUAUUGCAAGUCCAUUCACCUCUCGUAAGUGCACCAUCGAAUCUUGUGGCCACAUUAUCAUGCAAGGUCGUUGCACACUAGUCACAACCAUGCAAAUGUACAAGAUAUUGGCCCUCAAUUGUCUCAUUUCUGCAUAUUCUCUGAGCGCACUUUAUUUGGAUGGAGUUAAGUUUGGAGAUUCACAAAUGAUGAUUACAGGAUUUGGCGUUGCUCUGUGCUUUUUAUUCAUUUCACGAUCCAAGCCACUUGACACUCUUUCCAAGGAGAGACCUCACAUUACCAUCUUCUCACCUUAUAUGUUAGCAACAGUUAUGGGACAAUUUGUGAUCCAUUUGACAACACUUGCAUUGAGCGUACAGGCUGCAAAAUUGGCUGCUCCUCAUGUCUUAUUUGAACCAAAGGAAGCAGAUUUCAAGCCCAAUCUAUUGAACACCAUCGUAUUUAUUGUAACCUCUCUGCAAACCAUUGUCACCUUUGCAACCAAUUACAAGGGAAGACCUUUCAUGCAAGGUCUAACUGAAAAUAAGCCACUCUUUGUCAUUUUGUCAGGUAUUGGAGCUUUAUGUUUGCUUUGUGCCAGUGGCCUCGCUCCAGAACUCAAUGCAGCAAUGGAACUCGUAGAUAUCCCAGAAGGAAUUUCCAUUUUCCACACAUUUUCUUUCAGAACUUUCCUACUCGUGAUAUUAUUUGCGAAUAUUGCAGGUGUGUUGAUUGUUGAAAAGAUGUGCUCCAUUUUCUUCCCUGCUGAUGAUUCCAUUGAAGGUCUUUAA